AUGUCUGCUGAUUUUGAAGACGAGGAAGCUCCUCCGGAUCUCAUUGAUGUCGCGGCCAUCUCAGCAGAGCAGGCUCCUACAGAUGAACCACCCACAACUCGAGUGCCGAUCACCCUAGUUACUGGUUAUCUGGGUGCAGGAAAAACGACGCUGCUGAAUUAUAUCUUGACAGAAAAACACGGCAAGAAAAUUGCUGUGAUUAUGAAUGAAUUUGGUGAUUCAACCGAUAUUGAGAAACCAAUGACAGUGAACGAAGGUGGCAAUGAAGUCACUGAAUGGAUGGAAGUCGGCAAUGGCUGCAUCUGCUGCUCAGUCAAAGACUCCGGUGUAAUGGCCAUUGAAUCCUUGAUGGAACGCCGCGGCACCUUCGACUACAUCCUACUAGAGACCACCGGUCUUGCCGACCCAGGCAACAUCGCCCCGAUCUUCUGGAUGGACGAAGGACUCGGCAGUUCCAUCUACCUCGAUGGCAUCGUCACUCUCGUUGACGCAAAGAAUAUCACUCGCUUGCUGGAUGAACCGGCGCCUGAAGAGAAAGCCGAGUCGCACGACCAGAACCACGACCAUGGCAGUGGCCCUGUUUUGUCGAUGGCGCACAUGCAGAUCUCGCAUGCGGACGUGGUCAUUCUGAACAAGACUGAUCUUGUUACCGAAGAGGAACUGGAGGCUGUUCGGGAUCGGGUUACGUCUAUCAAUAGCGUUGCUAAGAUUCAUGUUACGGAUCAUAGUCGGACGCCGCAGAUUGAAGGCGUUGUGUUGGAUUUGCAUGCCUAUGAUCACUUGGCCGAUCUGGAUUUCAGUAAAAAGGGACAUAGCCAUAUGGAUCCGGCAAUCUCUACCACUGCCAUCGUAACACCUCCGAUUCCAGCAGAUAAGGUCGACUGCGUGGAUGCUUGGCUACGCUCUGUUCUGUGGGAUACGAAGUUCCCUGCACCUGCUGUGUCAAAAUCAUCUGAGCCUCAACCCGAUAACUUUGAGGUCCACCGCCUGAAGGGUAUUCUAAUUCUUAAUGAUGGGACCAGCAGGAUCAUUCAGGCUGUACGGGAUGUCUUCGAGAUCCGAGAUGCAGAGCCAAUAAUCAACGAGGACAAGUCCAAGCCACUUCAAUGCAAGAUUGUACUGAUCGGACGCGGAUUAGGAUCAAGCGCAGAACCUUGGCAGGAGAGUUUUGAAUCGUGUCUAACGAAAUGA